UCAUCAGUGGUGUGCCUGGCUAGACAAAUAUGGUAUAUAUAAAUAGCAGUGCAUUGGAUGCAAGCUGCACCACUGCAUUCUCUUCAUUGUAACAUUCUUCAAAGCUCUAUCCCCUUCCAAAAACAACACUCGCUCUUAACUCAAAUUACUUAAACCAAUGGCUCCUACACUUGCUGAACCAUUCGGUGAUUCCUCAGCUCUCACUGAUUUUGUUAUUAACCAAGGGAAUGGAGUGAAGGGUUUGUCUGAAAUGGGUCUCAGAGCCCUCCCUAAGCGAUAUAUUCAACCUUUGGAAGAAAGAAUGUGCAUGACCAACAUCUUAGCCCAAGAAACCAUUCCCAUCAUUGAUAUGUCAAACUGGGAAGACCCCCAAGUGGCAAAAUCAAUUUGUGAUGCUGCGUCAAAAUGGGGGUUCUUCCAGAUUGUUAACCAUGCCGUACCUUUUAAAGUGCUGGAGAAUGUUAAAGAUGCUACCUAUAGGUUCUUUGGGUUACCUGCUGAGGUAAAAAAUAAGUAUUCCAAGGAACAUUCAUCUUCAAACAAUGUGAGGUUUGGCACAAGCUUUAGUCCUCAAGCAGAGAAGGCUCUUGAGUGGAAAGAUUACCUUAGCCUGUUUUACGUCUCUGAAGAAGAGGCUUCUGCAUUGUGGCCUCCUGUCUGCAGGGAACAAGUGCUAGAUUACAUGAAGAAGUCUGAAGUUGUCAUUAAACAGCUAUUACAGGUGUUAAUGAAGGGUCUAAAUGUGAAUGAGAUUGAUGAAACAAAAAAAUCGUUGUUGAUGGGUUCAGUUAGGACUAACCUUAACUACUAUCCCAUCUGUCCUAACCCGGAACUCACUGUUGGAGUAGGGCGUCACUCUGAUGUCUCGACCCUCACAAUUCUCCUUCAAGAUGAGAUUGGGGGACUUUUUGUAAGAGGAAACCAAGGUGAUAACUGGAUUCAUGUUCCUCCAAUUAAGGGAUCACUUGUGAUCAAUGUUGGCGAUGCAUUGCAGAUACUGAGCAAUGGCCACUAUAGGAGUGUUGAACAUCGUGUGGUAGCCAAUGGAAGUAAGAACAGAAUUUCUGUCCCCAUUUUUGUCAAUCCAAGACCUGGUGAUAUGAUUGGACCUUUGCCUGAAUUGAUUGAAAGCGGUGAGAAACCAAUCUAUAAGCAAGUUCUUUAUUCAGAUUAUGUCAAACAUUUCUUCCGCAAGGCACAUGAUGGGAAGAAAACGGUUGAAUUUGCUGAAUUGUAAAAACAUAAGUAUCUUCUGCCACUGUAAGGUUGGUGACUGCUUGCAGGAAAUGGUUGAUAAAAUACACUGUACACAUAAAAGGAUUAGAGAUGCAUCAGGAUCAGGUCAGAAACUGGCCAUAAGCAAAGAUGUAUCUUGUAUGAAUCCUAGAAAGUUUAUUCAAAAAAUACAUUUUUUAUUGAAUUUAAGUUAUAUUUAAGGGUAAAUUCAUAUUAAUGGGAACAAAUCAGCAGCCUAACACGACUGCUUUAGAUUUUUUUGGUAGUGCAUAUAUAUAUAUAUAUAUAUAUUUAUAUAUGAACAUUUAGGCCUUUGAAAAUGUUCUGCAAUUUGUUCAUAUUAUUAAAAUGCCAACCAAAGAACUCAAAGAUUGCAAACAGCAGUUUCAAUUUAUGGAGAAAAUCUGAAUACUCAUGUAGUGUAAUACUAGCUAUUAUUGUUGAAAUUAUCAUAACGUGGUCAUCUUACCUUUUUUAUGAGAGUUGGGCUGUUCCCAUGAGAUGACCCUCCAGCUGAACUUGUCAUUGAUCAUCAAUUGUGGCAAACCAAGUGCUCUGCAAAAGUAGGGAUAUAACAUCCAUUCAUGUUUGAAAUGAUCUUCCAAUAACAAACAAAAUCAGCAGCUUAACAAUUUGCAAAUCUGGAAUGUCUCGUAGAAUUUCCAAAAAAACUACAGGGGUACACCAGAAUUCCAACAGGCUACAGAAACCAAGCAAAUUUAACAAACAUGAGAUGAAUUAGUCACACAAGGUAAUAAUAAAAGUCAAAUCGAAAGUUUGAAAG